CCUGAACAAGUGGCGGCACAAGUGUAGGGAGACUUAUAUAGAGAGCUCACCCAUUUUUGAUACCCCUCUAGCCAUCUAAUUACAUAUCUUGCAAAAUGGUAGCCCUCACCUACCUUCUCACCGCGCUUCCCCUCGUUAUACGGACUGUCGCCGCCUCUGACGUAGUCGAGCUUCUCCCGAACACUUUCGACGAUAUCGUCCUAAAGUCUGGCAAGCCCGCCCUUGUAGAAUUCUUCGCACCAUGGUGCGGACACUGCAAGAACCUUGCUCCUAUCUAUGAGGAGCUAGGUACUGCCUUCAAAGCGGGCGACAAAGUCACCAUCGCAAAGGUCGACGCUGAUGCUCACAAGGACCUGGGCAAGCGCUUUGGAAUCCAAGGAUUCCCCACUCUGAAGUGGUUCGACGGCAAGAGUGAUUCCCCAGAGGACUACAAUGGAGGAAGAGACUUGGAAAGCUUGACUCAAUUCGUGACUGAGAAGAGCGGCGCGAAGGCAAAGGGACCGAAACAGGAACCCAGUAAUGUCAAGAUUUUGACUGACAAGAGCUUCGCUGAGACGAUUGGGACCAACAACGUACUCGUCGCUUUUACUGCACCUUGGUGUGGACACUGCAAGAAUCUUGCGCCCACCUGGGAGAAGCUCGCAAACACAUUUGAAGCCGAAUCAAACGUCACCAUCGCCAAAGUUGACGCUGAGGCCGAGAACUCAAAGGCUACUGCCUCUAAGCAAGGCGUCAAGUCUUACCCAACCAUUAAAUUCUUCGCCAAGGGCUCGACCGACGCCCAGGAUUACACCGGUGGACGGUCUGAAGAAGACUUUGUCAUCUACCUCAACGCUAAGGCUGGUACACACCGUGUUGCGGGUGGUGGUCUUGAUGUCUAUGCUGGAACAAUCAAGGCUCUGGAUGAGCUUGCGGCUGAAUGGGUGCUCAAGCCCGGCUCAGAUGCACUGAAUGCCUUGACUCAAGCAGCUCAGGAUGCAGGUGAUAUCAGUGCUGAGUACUACCAGAAGGUCGCGAGCAAGCUCACCAAGGAUGAGACCUUUGCUGAGAAGGAAUACAAACGCCUCCAGGGUCUGCUUGAAAAGGGCGGUCUUAGCACUAAGAAGCUUGAUGAUAUCACCAAGCGAAGCAACGUGCUCAAGAAGUUCCAGAAGAAGCUUGAGGAGAUUAAGGAUGAGCUGUAAGCCCGGAUAUCUACUACACUGCACGGUGCGACGCAGGUUAUCUUAACAUAUAUAUGCACACUGGAUUGUACGCUCUUAGAUAGUGUAUAACAUGGAUCAAAUAGUGCCAUUAGCAUAGGAAUUGAUAUAUUCUCCCUCAUAGUUGA